AUGGGCGCGGGUGCAGCGGGGCUGGACGUGGCGGGGGCCGUGCCCGCCAAGCGGAGGCGGGCGCUGGCGGCCAAGACCAGAGGGGGCAGGCCGCGGCAAGCGAGGAGGCGCGCGCAGCGGCCGACGGCGCUGCAGCGGCUCUUCCGGGCCUGCCGCGCCGUCUUCAAGGGCCCCGGCACCGUGCCCGCGCCCCCCAAGGUCGCCCUGCUCCGGGCCAUGCUCGACAGAAUGAGGCUUGAGGACGUUGGCCUGAGCCCACACAGGUUCAUCAGGACUAGGGAUAAUGCGGCCCAAGGGAACCUAACCAUCACACAGCGUAUCAUAUACAAAUCUAAUAAUUUUUCGAUGGUCAUCUUCCACCUGCCGCAGAAUGCGGUGAUCCCUCUACACAAUCACCCCGGGAUGACGGUGUUCAGCAAGCCGCUCAUCGGGUCCAUGCAUGUAAAGUCGUAUGACUGGGCUGAUCCUGAUUAUCCAGCCGCUUUAUCGCCCGACGAUCAACAACUGAGAUUGGCAGAGCUGGUUGUGGACGAUGUUUUCACGGCGCCCUGCGACACGUCUGUCCUCUACCCGACGGCGGGAGGCAACAUGCACCAGUUCACGGCCAUCACGCCGUGCGCCAUCCUCGACAUCCUUGGCCCCCCUUACUCCAUAGAGGAGGACCGAGAUUGCACGUACUACGCGGAUGUUCCCUACUCCUCCCAGCAUCCCAUGACCGACAAUGAGCAAGAAGGCCCGCGCCUCGCGUGGCUGAAAGAGGUUGAGAUGCCGGGGGAUCUGGAGAUGUGCACCGUCCUGUACACCGGCCCGCCAAUCUCCGACAGGUGA